AGGGGAAAAUUCCAUUAGCAAUCCAAAAUGGCGGAUGAGGACCCAACUGGAUCACCAACUGGAGUCAAUUUUCAACGAAAUAACUCUGAAAGUGAUUUAAAUCUAGUUGAAAAGAUGUCCAAUACGAUAAAGAAACCUAACUGGGAACGAUCUCAAAGCGAGUUUCAGUUGGAAAAUAAAAGUUUGGACAAUAUACCCAAAUCAAACUCUACAGAGUAUCAAUCGACAGCUGCAGAGGCUUCCGGAAAAAUAUCCGAACAAAGCAAAGUAUAUUGGGAUUUAUCACAGGCCGAAGAAGAAAUGAAUUUACGUAGUGGUGGGGGACCCAGAAAAUUUCAAAUUUCGUUACAAACAAUCCACCAAAAAGAGGAAUUUAGGCCAAAAGUUAGUCGUGGGAAUGUAUCCGAAGUGAGAGUGUUUUCUCGCCAACUCUCACAAGAGGGCGCCACUUCAAAUGUGUCAUCAAAUACUGUCUCUACAGUAACUGUGACUCGCCAUAAUAGUCAACCGGAAGUAUUUAGCUCCAUAACGACUAACCUUCCGGAAAAUUAUCAACAACGGAAAUCGUAUCUUAAGAUUGCAUUUGCCCAGGCAGCUCAAAAAAUUCAGUCAGGUAUUCGUCAGAUGAAGGUUGACUCUAUUGCUGAGCAAUGCAUUGCAAUACACGAUAUUUUAAAGACAAUCCAACAAGCAUGGGCAACUCCACAAAUUGGACGUGACCUCGCAUAUAAUUUAUGUGACGUCUUUAGAGAUGAGGGUGGACUUGAGAUACUCAUUCACAAUUGUGGCUCGACCAAUCAUGAUCUAAUGAAAGAGUCCGCAGAGUUACUAGAACAAACACUGACUACAGAGAAUCGUGACCGCGUGGCGAAAAAGGGAUUAGAGGUUAUCGUUCGCAUGUCAACUGCAUGUAAAGAGGACCCAGUUCUUUCUAGGGCCACAACUGGUAUCCUAGAAAGCCUUUUGAAACACUCGGAAGAAACUUGCCGCAAGAUAAUUGACUUAGGGGGUCUCGAUGCAUUGUUAUAUUCAUGCCGCAGUAAGGAUCGGCUAAUUCUACGUCAUUGUGCUGUAGCACUUGCCAAUUUAGCAAUAUAUGGGGGUUCGGAAAAUCAAAUAGAUAUGAUUGCUCAUAAAGCGUGUGAAUGGUUAUUUCCGCUUGCAUUCUCAAAUGACGACUCCACACGUUACUAUGCUUGUCUCGCCAUCGUCACACUCAGCGCGAAUAAAGAAAUUGAAAAUGCUGUCGCAAAAUCAGGGACACUGGAACUAGUCACAUCAUUUAUCAAUAGUCAUACACCAUCAGAUUUCGCCAAUGCUGACCAUAGUCACAUUCAUGGGCGGUCUAAGGGCUGGUUACGGAGGUUGAUCCCUGUGCUGGACAGCCAGAGAGAAGAGGCGCAGAGUCUAGCUGCGUUCCACUUUGCAAUGGAGGCAGGCAUAAAAGUACAACAGGACAAGAAAGAGAUUUUCAACGAAAUUGGUGCCAUAGAGCCAUUAAAGCGAGCUGCAAGUUCGCCAAAUAAACUCACGUCAAAGUUUGCGUGUCAAGCUUUGGAGAUUAUUGGUGAAGAGAUUCCAUUCAAACUGUCCUCCCAGGUGGCGCUGUGGACUGUUGAGGAUGUGCAAAACUGGGUAAAACAGGCUGGUUUUGAAGAAUAUUGUGAGGCUUGUAAGGAAUGUCUUGUGGAUGGAGACAUUCUCCUGCAACUUACAGAUGAACACUUGAAGGAUGAUGUUGGAAUAAAAGGAGGAAUCGCAAGAAAAAGGUUCAUUAGAAAAUUGAAAGAGCUGAAGAAAUCAGCUGACUACGAUUGUUGCGAUGCAACUAAACUUGAUGAGUGGAUGACGUCAAUACAUGAAGAUUUCUCAAUGUAUACAUAUCAAAUGAUACAAAGUGGUGUUGAUAAGUUUGUGCUGCCAUCUUUAACAGAUGAUCAUUUAAACAAAGAUUGCCAUAUUGAAAAUGGUAUUCAUCGACUGAAGAUCCUUGAAGCUAUUAAACGAUGCCGUUCAGGGAUUGGCCGAGAUCUUCCCGAUAAUUUCUACCACAAAUCACUUGAUGUUUUCAUCUCAUACAGACGCUCAAAUGGAUCUCAGCUGGCAAGCUUAUUAAAGGUGCAUCUACAACUUAGGGGAUUUACUGUUUUCAUAGAUAUUGAAAAACUGCGUGCUGGGAAAUUUGAUGACAAUCUUUUGAACAGUGUUCGUAAUGCCAAGCACUUUAUCCUAGUUCUAACCCCUGGGGCAUUAGACAGAUGUGCGGGGGACACACUCACUAAGGACUGGGUACACAGGGAGGUUGUAGCUGCAAUAGAAGGGGCAUGUAAUAUCAUUCCUAUAACAGACAACUUCACAUGGCCUGCCCCUGACUCACUUCCCGAUGAUAUGAAAGCUAUAUGCCACUUCAAUGGAAUCAGAUGGAUUCACGAUUACCAAGAUGCAUGUAUCGACAAACUUGAAGAGUUUCUGCGUAAUGACAUCGGUGCAUCCCCUCCCUCCUCAAAGCGACAGACUAGUCUAAAUUCAUCUGGAGAGGGCCAUGGCCCAGUACAUAGAUGGAGUAGUACUGAUACAGACCCUCGAAUGAGUCCUGAUAGCUCAUCUUAA